CGGAGGAGCAGCCGUGUUCUAGAGGUGAGGCUAAUGAACGCCAUUGUGGAGGACCAAUAGGAUGGAAAAGUCGCGUCUCCGAGUCGCCAGUGGCAGUCUCCUGUUUUCUGCUGACUCCAUCAUUCCCUCUCCUGAGGCGAGGCAAUGGAGAACGGCCAACCAAACCAUGGCGCGCCGACCAGCAACUCAGCAGUUUCCGUCAACACCAACGUUCCGCCCUUCCUAGACGAGCGCCGCUACAACUACGCCAUCGCACACAUCCAGCGAGCUCGUCAACAGCUCGACCGGUACGAAAGUACCAUCAACAAUUCCCAUCAACGCUAUUUGGAGGAGACCAUUGAUCAAGGCCGGAGAGCACAGCAAAUGCUACAGAUCAUGUACGCAACUCAAGCUCAUGGCCAAGCUCCAGGCCAAGCCCAGGUUCAAGCUCAAAUUCAAGCGCAAGCGCAAGCUCAAGUUCGAGCUCAAGCUCAAGCUCAAUCUGGGUCAAACGCUCAAUCAAUCCAAGCACCUCCGAGAGUGGCUUCAGUGCACCCUGGCUGGUUUCCUCCACCAAACUCAGCGGCUGUUGCUGUUGAUCCUCGUGGUAACCAGGUCCCAUUGACGGCUCGCUCUGACAGCCCUCGCAUGAUGAAUCCUUUUCAUGCGUCGGCACCUAUGCAGGAUGGUAGAGCGUUUUCUCAGGUGGGAGCACAGCAGCGAGUGCCGCAGUUUGCACACCAUCAGGGACUUACACAACAACAUGUAAACCCCACUUCGCAUCCCCCUCAUCCACCGGGUUUCCCAAAUCCGGACCAAAUUCCGCAAGGUCACUCCAUGGCUCGAAUACCUAUGAAUCAGGCAUCGGCCAUGGCUAACUAUUGGGAGACACUCGGACGAAUCACCCAAGCCCAGCAGUCUCAGCAACAACAGAAGCAACAAUUUAAUCCUCAGGUCCAGCCUCAUAAUAAUCAAACGCCAUAUCAUCUUGCCACCACGACGAGUUUGGACAAUGCGUUAGGCAAUACAUUUGGAGAUCGCCCCAUUGGAGCGGCACAGGCCAAUGGUGCUGCUCCCGCCAACAGAUCGUCGUCAACGCAUGUUCGCCAGACGAAUGAUACUGAUGGCUCUGGGCAAAAUGUACGAAUGCAAGAAACUCAGCUCGAGUAUUCCAGGAGCGAAUCUCGACAUGUUCAGUCAUCUAGUCCACCUAUCGUAAGUUUGCCUACUGCCGAACUGCAAAGGAACACGGCCGGCUUGUCUUCCUCAAUUCCUGGCGCGGCCCAAAGCAAAGAUGCUCUUCUUCCCAAGCCAAGUGAAAGUUCUUUCGCCAUUCCUGUGCAAAAGUCAAUCGCCCCUUCAAACGUAUCCGGUACUGAAUUUCCCCAUCGUGAAACUGCCGUUCGUCAAAACCCUGCGCCACUCACCUUACAACCUUCUCAACCCGGUGGGCAGUCACAAGACAACCGUGCCCCGCCAGAGCCUACCACGACGUCUCUGAACACGUUUGCCAACAAACCAGUCCGUUUUGAGGCUCCUUCAGAGUCUCCUAUAGCUACGCAAACGGGCCAACACCCAAGGCUACCACACCAUGCAAUUCGCUCGCACGCACUUAGACCAUUAUCCGAAAUGAACUCAAGUCAGCACACCACUGGCAGCAUCCAUGUUCCUGGCCCGUCCCAACGCAUUCCAAACCUAGCUUUAGUGCACAAUCAGUCUCCGAUAAAUGCUGCCCGUAGUCUAGAUCCAUCCUUGUAUCGUCCCUUUAGCUUCUCUAAUCACCCGCUUCCACCGAAUGCUGGACCCGCUCCACCCACAGUCGACAGCGAAGCGCCCCGGACCAGUCCUCGGCAGCGCUCGCCAGAGGCAGGGCCCUCAUCACCCGCUCCAGUGAUAGCUGCUUUAUCUCCUCCCGAAACUCCUUUGAAAAUCCGCGCCUCCCCAAACCCACGGACACCCUCUCAGGCUGAUAUGCGGCGGCUCGCGAAGGAUAUUCAGCGUUCUUUGAGAAGACCAGGUAUGCAAGCGCCCGGGCAGAGGCUACCAAGUGUCAAUGCCUUAGGGCCCAAGCCCAUAAUUAAAUCAUCUCAGCAAAGUCAAGAGCCAUUGUUGGAUUUCAAGCCUAGGGACGCGUCUUCUGUUGACAGCCAAACUACGGAGGUGGACAUGGCAAUUCACAAUUCCGCACCAGUAGCGUUAAUUGCUGCACAGGAUGAAUCUUUGGGUGCCAAGGAACUCCAACCACAGCUACAUGGGGCCGAUGCUGCAGUGGAGACUUCUCGUGGCUUUAUGGUUGGCCAGAUUAGGAAUAGUCUCCCAGACUCGUCGUACGCAAUCACGCAACCGACUCCAAACCAAGUCCCUCUUUCACCGGACGGUGGUCAGGCCAAGGGAAACCCCGUGAGUAAUGAUGAUGGCGAGCAUGAAACUGCUUUCGUAGGACCUUUACCGCAGCCACCUGAGCAAAUUGUCCUCGAGGGUUAUCAGGAAUAUGUCAACCCCUCACACCUACCCUUUCCUGAGCCAGCCCCGUCACAGCCGCCUACGGUACACCCUACUGUCGACGUUGACAUUCCAUCACAAAGAUAUGGCCACCUCUUGAUCGAUGAUGAUACAAUAGCGAACAGCUCCAACUACCCUAGUACACUCAUAUCCCCUUCGUUCGGCGAGGCGCCGUUCGACAUAGCGAUGGAGUACACGACCUCUCACAAUGAUCAAGAAUUGGAGUUGGGACCGUCGACACGGAUAGAAGAAGUCAUCGCUUCGCCUGUACAGUCUACGUCAGGCCGCGUUCAUGAAGUUUCAGUCGUCCAUGAAGCCAUCUCUCCAUCACAGUUUGGACCUGGUCAUUCAAACCAGAGUCCUGUCCAGGAGCGCGUUCGUCCGCCCAUUGCAUCAUUGGCAGGUCCCUCGCAGGCGACUCACGUUCAUGAGGUCAACUCAACAGAACUAUUAUCGUUUGGUCACACUCAGGAGACUCCCAUUCGGGAAAAGAGUGGUACUCAAGCUGCAAUCAAGACCCCAUUAUUCCUGCAUUCCCCGACCCCGUCUCCUGAGCCACCAUGCUUGCCGGCCGAGUUGACUAGUUCGGCUUUGGAUGUGAUAGACCUCACAGCUGACUCCCUAGCUGAUGGCGACCCAGUUAUCCCUUCCCAGGCUGAUCCCAUUGCAGCAACUGCGACCAAGGAGUACACUGUGAUCUCUUCAAAGAGCAGCUCCGCAGCUGCCGAAUCCACAGGAGGGCUUGUAAGAACUUCGACCAAGCGUAAGAGAACUAGUGACACGAGAAAAUCCUUCUAUAUCCUCGUGCCUACACCUAAUUGGCUCCGCCGAAAGCGACGAAAGGCUGGCGGAGGACGACCGGCCAGGUUGGGUGGUGAACAUCAAAAAUCGCACAACUUUACGCCGGAAGAGCAGCAAAUACUCGAGGCCUCAGGACAAAUGUUGCGGGAACGUCCAUGUUUGUGGAAAGACUGUCAGGCGGUGAUGAACUCGGGCGAUAACCUGUUCCUUCACAUUAUCAGGCAUCAUGUACCCACUGAGGGUGUGGUGCAAUGUCGGUGGCAAGACUGUAAUCAGGUGCUCGCCUCAACCGGGACCGUAGUGGAACACCAUCUGGUCAGCCAUGUACUACGUGUUAUGCCAUGUCCUGACAUACAUUGUUUUGAGGAUUUCAGCGACCCGAUUGACCUACUUCAACACAACAAGCGACAUCAAAACGAUGACCGAUACCUCUUCAAAGUUACCAAGCCAUAUCACCCCAUUGUUGCUGCUGAGCCAGAGGGAAUUCCUACUAUAAUGCCUUCUUAUCAGAGUGUACCCCGGCGGAUCAGCCAGCAUCCCAUGUCUCGCCAGGAUCACGACCGUAUUGGACAAAUGGUACUGAGAAACAUAUUUGCACCGGUGGGGUUGAAACUGAGGAAGCAGAACGCGCCCAUGCGCACCCGCGGAUCGCGACUGCUAUAUGAGCAAGAAGGAAGUUCUCACUCAAGGCCGGACGAAUACGACUUCCUUGCUUCGCUCUCUUCCGGGCCAGCCAAGCUAAUGCUUGCUGACAUAGACAAUCAUGAGGUAACGAAGAUGUGUGAGGCUGACCUUGUACUUUGGAGGGGCGACGACUUGUGCUGGAAUGGGCAAGAAGAAUUCGGCGUCGCCAUGGAGAACGAGGACGGGACUAAUUUGGAGGGCCCAGACGGGCUGAUCAAAGGAAACACGACCGGGAAGGAUGCCGAUCCGGAUGUUAUAGAGGAGGAGCGAGAUCAGACGUUUGCACGCAGCCGCGGCAGCGAGAUGUCAGACGGGACGGACGGGCGGAACGUAGGCGAGGAGGAAGACGUGGCACUGAUGCUAGAGCCAUAGAGGUUGGGAAGAAAAGAUUGAUGAACUUCUCCGGGCGUAGAUGGUUGUGGCAGGUUGUGGCUGGUCGUCGCGACGUAAACCUGUUAUGCGUUUGUUUUCACAUGUGGAUAUGUUACGAUGGGUAUUUUGGAUGAUGGAUUCGGGAUGAAUUAAGCGAGAUAUUCUUUUGGGCAGC